CAUAGAUUAAAACUAAAUCACCUUUGAUCUGUUAUAAAGGCCAGCGCCGCGUCCCUCUCUCAGUCUGCCGUCUCCUUUAGCAGCUUCAUCAUCCUUUAGUUGUCCAUCUGAGACGCGUUGACCCUGAUCAUGGCCGUAACCAACCAGCCAGGCAGAUAUGAGCCCUCCGAUUUCCAGACUGGACUCUGUGAUUUCUGUGAUGACUGUGGAACUUGCUGCUACGGGUUCUUCUGCUACCCGUGUCUUGGCUGCACUAUCGCCAGCGACAUGGGCGAGUGCUGCCUGUGUGGUCUGGGCAUGCCCAUCCGUAGCGUCUACAGAACCAGAUACAACAUCAGGGGGUCUAUGUGCAACGACUACAUGGUGGCUCACUGCUGCCCCGUCUGCGCCACCUGCCAGCUGAAGAGAGACAUCGACCGUCGAAAGGAGCAGGGAAUUUUCUAAAGAGGGUGCUGCUAUGACAACCAAGAAGCUGUAAACCCCCUGGAUUGCAGGGCUGAUAAAGAAGAGCCCAUCCCUCUUCCUGAUAAGGAAAUUGUGUAGUUUUUAUUGUGGUAUUCACCUUCUCCAUAAAUGCCAUGCAAUUCUUUGUGUGUGUGUGUGUGUGUGUGUGUGUGUGUGUGUGUGUGUGUGUGUGUGUGUGUGUGUGUGUGUGUGUGUGUGUGUGUGUGUGUGUGUGUGUGUGUGUGUGUGUGAAUUAUAAACCCAUCUCUGAGAAACCACGUUUCAUCUCUGACCUUUACACUUAACAUGAUUUACGGCUGCUGUCUGACAUUAUGUUGCAUCAGAGGCGUUUGUCAGGAUGUGAGGAAGACGGCUGUUGACUUAUACUGCUCUGGACCGUCAUUAAUCUUUUAUUUCUUGGUAAUCCAAAGGUACAUUUUGUACAUUAGAUCCUUCUCAUCCGUUAACACUGAGAUUUAAAAGACAUAUUUUUGGGCAAUUAUUAUAGAACAAUAAACUGUACCUGCACUUAAAUCGACAUUUGCAUUAAAAUGCUUUUGAUAAAACUUUCA